AUGAUGUCGGCCUUUUUUAUGGAGAGUCCUAUUGAUACCGUCAAGGAGUCAGGCUUAGAGAGUGAGAACAGUUCUGAUGAGGAGGACACUCACUCUAUCUUCCAGGCUAUCAAAGAGAAGAUCGAUCGAAAUGAAGUCGAUUUGCGUGAUCGCGAGAAACUCGAAAAAUUCGCCCAUAAAUACGGAGACUACCUUGGAGAUAGUACCUCAGAAGAACACGACAAAAAAACACUUUUGCAUCUGCUUGUGGACGGAGCAACAGACCAGAAUUUUGACAAGUACGAACCGCUUGCGAAAUUUGUUAUCAGCAAUCACCCGAAUACUCUGAAAGAAAGCGACAGGGUCGACGAGACUUCCUUGUAUUGUGCCGUCUCGAAGAAACGCAACGAGCUCGUUCGACUCAUGUGUAACACGCACCCCGAUAUCAACAGUGUUCUCGAAAGAGUCUGCUCGAGCAAUAAAGAAACUUGCAUCCAUGCUGCGAUCCGUAAGAGUGUUACGCCAGAAAUUGCUGUUUUUCUUAUCAACAAGGCAAGUAAAGAAGUUCUCUGCCUUCAAGAUACUCAGGGCAAUACCCCGUUGCAUCUAGCAGUGGAAUACAAGCGCUGCACCAAGGAGCAGCUACAAGUCGUGGAGACACUUGCAAAGCGAUGUAAAGGGGCGAUGUACAAACGGAGCAAAGGUGAGGCAUGCCUUUCCCCGUACUUGUAUCAUAUGCGCACUCGUGCAGAGGCGCAGGCAGCUCCGGUCGUAACCGAGGUCGCAAAGGAGAAGAGAAAAGGCAACUCUCAGAGGAAGAUACACGACAUCAAUGUUGUCGAUAGGGAUAGUCUGAUAGGAAAAGAUGGCGAGGGCGGAAACCUCAAGACUAAUUAUACGGAGGAGUUGAAAGCCUUAGGCCCUUCCGUAGGCUUCAGCCGACAGAGAAAGCCUACUCUUGGAAAACCGCCAAUGAGUCCUCUUGGUGCAUUCAAUCAAACAUCGUCGAUGAGACAUGGACCUCUGAGUCCGUCUUUUGGCGUUCCCCGAAGUGGCGAGUGGACACAGGGAUCGGACGAACUUCCGAGAGACCGCAAGGAUGGCUAUUCGAGGACUCUCAGUCGACAAGACACAAUUUCGAAGAAAUCCGAGAAACCGAGGAAAAGGAAGAAGCAGGAAAAUAAUAGACUCCCAAAGGUCACAGAUGCAAGCGCAGACGCCGUGAAAGAUCUCCUGAUGUUGCACUGCAUGCGCACGAUGAAGACUGAGGAUGCGGAGGAUUUUCUCUACGGCAAGGACCAAGGGAAAGAAAUUUGUUUCGAUUUGUGCGACCAACUUUCUUUAGAAAUUACUGAAGACCAGAUCUACCAAGGCUUCGCCCCUCUGGAAUUUGAGAGCGUCUUGCAGUAUGUCGCUUUCCCAAAUCUGCAAAUUAAAAAGAAUUCCCCCCGUCCUCAGAGAGGAACGUCCGUCAGACGAGGCGGCAACGGCCGCGAUGACAUGACGAUUCUGUUCGAGUUCCUCCGGACGAAGAGAGUCAAACGCAUCGUUCGUGUUAUUGUAGCCGAUAGAGAUAACAACGCACAUAGUGAUGCUGCGGUGGAGAUUGCUUUGAGAACCUUCAGCGUGGAAAUCUGGGACUGGCAGAAGUUCGAUAUAUGUACAGAGACAAUUGCGUUGGCCGCGCCAGAUGUGGAGGAGAUGCAUCUCUAUUGGAGUGGCAACAAUGCUGUCUUAUGGGGAUGGAGCGACAAGGAGGUCUUGAAGCGAAUGAAUUCGUUAAAGAAGAUAUAUUUGCAUACCACUCAGGGACUUGAAGCCGCCCACCGCACCCUGGAAAAUGUCUCCAAGUAUAAAGACCGCAUAGCAAUUCGUUGCCCUCAUGUCUCAAUCGAGUUGAUCGACGAAACUUCUCCCCAAAAGCAUGAAUCCAGCAAUACUCACACUAACGCAGAGCGGGAACAGCUUGAGAUUCGCCAUCGGUGGCUGAUAUGCAUGGACGACUUCGCCGACUUUAUGCGAAAUUUGCAGUAUCCUAGUACGUCCUAUAAACCGGUAAAAAUAGCGCUAAUAGAUGAUGGUGUUGACAUGAAAGAGGACGCUCUGCAUGGGAAAGUCCUCGGAGGAAGGAGCUUUUGUUUGAGGGACGAGCAGAAGAACUUGAAUAAGUCUUUCUAUUUGAAGAGCGGUGGACAUGGGACAGCCAUGGCAAGCUUGAUAUGCCGAGUAUGUCCACACGCAAAAUUGAUUGCGCUGAAAUUAGACGAGUACCUCGGCCAGAAUCUGGAGAGGCAAAUCACCGCGAAAAGUGCCGCGAAGGCCCUUCAAUAUGCUGUAGAGAGAGAGGCUGACAUCAUAUCCAUGUCUUGGACAAUCGAAAAGACAGAUGAAAACAAAUCCGAUAUCGAUGCUCUGGAGCAGGCGGUCCAAGACGCUGCAAACAAAGGAAUCCUGAUGUUUUGCGCGGCCAGCGACGGCGGUGCCCAGAGCGAUCGAAGUUUUCCCGCUAGGUCCCUAAAGGAAAAACUCUUCAAAAUUGGUGCGGCGACAGAAGAAGGCAGCAAAUGGAAAUGGGUUGGAAAUGCGACAAAUGUCGAUUUCAUCUUCCCAGGCCACAAAGUCGUUAAGGAACGCUAUAACGAGGAGGGCCCUAUACAAAGUUGCAACCUCUUGACAGGCUCGUCGGUAGCAACAGCCAUAGCAGCAGGUCUUGCGGCACUCAUCCUAGAUUGUGUCCAACGUGCUGCAUUGUACUACGAGAAGUUGCUUCAUGACCAGAGGACACUCAACUCAACCCGGCCACCAACCCAGAGGGACGGUUCAGAGAUCACAGAAAUUCCCCGUGAUCCCGAGGCGGACUUGAGAGCGCAACGGAGCAAGGUCGAGGUCGACGAAGCGAUCCAAAGAGCGGAGAAAGUGCUGCGGGAGGAUUACGACAACCUCAAGGGUCAUGACAAGAUGUAUGAGGCAUUUCGCAAAAUCGGAUUGACAGAAAACAGGUAUGUCAAGGUGUGGGAUGUCUUCCAAAAGGCGCACAUAGAAGCUGUGGGAAAGACGCCGGAAGAUAAAAAUGAGAUAUUGUCCCGAAUUGCGCAGCGUCUGAAAGGAGGAGGUUUUCAAGAUCAGUAG